AUGCCGUGCGACUGCCCCCACACCUCCCCAGGUCCCACCCUGGCUUCCGCGUGCGGCGGCGGCCCCUUUAUGCUCUUCAUGGGCCUCCUCGAAGUCUUCGUGAGAUCGCAGUGCGACCUGGACGACCCGUGCGGGCGGUUCCAGCCGCCCAACGCCCCGCUUCACGAGUACGACUUCGUGGUAGUGGGGGGUGGAAGCGCGGGGGCGGUCGUGGCCAAAAGGCUAUCGUGUGCACAAAGUUUUCUAACUGAAAUCGAUCAGCCAAUGAGUUCCGGAUCAGGAAAUACAGUUCUCAUCCAUUCCCUGAUCGAUUUGAGGAAGAAAACUCCGUGCACACUAUAG